AUGGGCAGCAUUCACCACGACUCAGUACCGCCGUCAACAGAAGCACAACAACCCUCGUUCGUGAGCGCACCCACCUCAUCACACGUCGAAGCCCCCCAGAUUGCCGAGCGCGGCCAACAACAGACGCAAUUGCAAUUCGUCGACGAGGGAACAGAUCCUCUGCCACCGACUCCGCUCGAGAUGCCCGCUCCUGCCCUCAUCCGUCAGGAGACCAGCGAACCCAUAGGUCCCUCGACAGACCUGCCCACCCCCAUGCCUCAGACACCAGGCUUUGGUAUGCCAAGCGGACCUGUUAUCACGAUAAAUCUGCUGCUCAGCAGUACUGGCACACGCCAUCCUUACCGCAUAGAUCAGAAGUACCUGGCCAAGCGAAAUGUCACUGCCGAGAAUGAGAGUGGAGAAUUCGAUCCGUUCGUCAUCAGCGUGUACACCCUGAAAGAGUUGAUAUGGCGGGACUGGAGAGAGGAAUGGGAACCAAGACCCUCGUCCCCUGCAGCAAUCCGACUAAUCCACUUCGGCCGAUUCCUGGAUGACAAACUACCACUGAAAGAAUGUCGAUUCAGCGACUCGGCACCCAACGUCGUCCACAUGAGCGUCAAACCCCAAGAAGUCCUCGACGACGAAGAAAAUGCAAAAUCAGCAAAAGGCAAAGGUAGCGGUGGUGGUGGUGCCAGACCCUCUCGCGGUGAUGGCGACGAACCCACCGCUGGUUGCCGAUGCAUCAUUCUCUAG